CAGGCAUCAGACACUGAGCAGGUACCCAAAUAACAAAAGCUCCUUUUUCAUUACCUAGGAACCAGGUUUGUACAUAAAAACACCGCAACUCGCCAAACAUUUAGUCGAUCGUUAAGUGCCCCCGAACCAAUCCACCAUGCCGCCGCCUUCUCAACUCGCCAUCGCUACAGGCUCUGUCAACCGACUCCUCAAAGAGGAGGCUUCAUACCACAAAGAGGUUGAGGAGGAGGAAGCCAAGGUCAAAGCUCUGAAGGAGAAGAUUGAUAGCGGUGCAAACGAUGAUGAGAAUGCUUCGUUCAUGCUCAAACAGCAGCAAACUGCCCUUGAGCAGACAAAGGCCGUAUUCGAACCCCUACGACAAAAGAUCGCUGUCGCUGUCGAGAAGCUGGAGGAGCAACUCACUGUGAGCGAAGAGCUGAACGCUCCGGAGGACCAGGUGGUGCAGGCCAAGGAGGCGCUGGUAAAAGCCAAAGCUACCCAGGCCGAUGCUUAAUCGAAUCAUAAAACAGGACAAGGGAAGGAUACUUUACGAUACCACUUAGAAGACACUUGAUAAAAAAAAAACGG